AUGACGCCACCGACGCGCGCCCUCCUCGCGGGCGUGCGGCGUCUCGCCGUCAGGCCGCAGCUGCGACUCAUUCACAACUCGACGCUGAACCCUGCCAGCGUCCACUCCGUGUCGGGCAACGGACCGCCGCCCGAGCCGCCGAGGCCCGUCGCCACCGACCGCAGCACGGGCCUCGACGCGCGCAUCACCAAGCGGAGGCGGCAGGCCGAGAUGCUCAAGCGGGCGCAGGAGCUGCGGUCUGGGGAGAAGAACAACUCCGGUUCGGGGGCGGCGGCGAGGGCAAGCGGGCUAAAGAGGCGGUUUUGGAGAGAUUGUCAUGUUCGGGAGGUUGAUGGCGCAUACGAAGUCCACCUCGACACCCGAGGGCUACGACACCCGACCACCAAGGAGAUCGUUCGCAUACCCCUCUCCAAGCCGCAGCUGGCAUACGCCCUCGCGCUCGAGUGGGACCAGCUGGAGAGUGCACAACAGGCGACCAAGCAACACCUGAUCCCGCUGACGAGCCUGGUGUGCCGCGCGAUCGACCUGGCGGCCGACGAUGCGGCCGGCGGCUCGAUCCGCACCUCGAUCAUCGACACGGUGCUCCGGUACCUCGACACGGACACGCUGCUGUGCUGGGCGCCUGCGGGCGGCGACGAGGCGGCCGACGGGCGCACGCUCCGCCAGGCGCAGGAGGACGCAGCCAGGCCCAUCAUCACCCACCUCCAGACCAAGGUCUGGCCCGGCAUCAAGAUCGAGCCGGCGCUCGAUGACGGCGGCCUCCUGCCCAAGCCCCAGGCGCCCGGCGUGCGCGACGUCAUCCGCGGCUGGCUGUUGGGUCUCAGCAGCUGGGACCUUGCGGGCGUCGAGAGGGCCACCCUGGCCGGCAAGGGCCUCCUCGCGGCCACGAGGCUGGUGUGCGAGUGGAGCCCCGCGCUGCAGGUCGCCGACGGCGCCGAGGUGGCCGUCCCGGCGUUUGGCGUCGAGGAGGCUGCGCAGGCUGUCAGCGUCGAGGUCAACUGGCAGACCAAGGUGUGGGGAGAGGUCGAGGACACGCAUGAUGUGGAGAAGGAGGAUGUGAGGAGGCAGUUUGGCAGCGUGGUGCUGCUGGUCUCUGGUUAA